AUGGUGCGAUGUGGAGGGUUUAAAAUCGAAACAGAUAGUACAGGCGAGAUCUAUCAUUGGCUGAAGGCCCUUUUAGAUAGACCGAAAGAAAUGCCUAAACAUUUACCACAUAACAUGUUUUACAGUCUCUCGUCAGAACCGUCACCCAACCGCUUAUAUAAUCCAGAUAGGUUUAUGCAAGAAGAGGAGAUCGCAGACAUUAAUGAGAAAAAUGCGAGCUAUUUAUGGUCUCCAGAUCACACCUUUGCCACGUCUACACCGCUUCGUCCAUCUACAGCAGCCUUCACAGCCCCACAACCCUCUCCUUUACGGCAAACACAACCCCCCGCUAUCCCAGUAACAAGUCAAGAGGAAGAUGAAGAGGAUCUCUUUGGUAGUUUCUCAGGACUCGAUGGGUUGGAUCUGGAUGCAUUAGAAGCAGAUGUAUUGCAACAACGAGCAUCAGAAACAACCGUAGGCGCUUCUACUACUCUUUCUGACAGUAACAAAAGUAACAAACGUAAAUUCAGCCUCUCCAUGGAUAAUGACCUAUAG